UCUCUAUCAAUCCAUCUGGUGAAAUAAUGGAGGGUGAUUCAGUGACUCUGACCUGCAGCAGUGAAUCAAAUCCACCUGUUCACACCUACAGCUGGUUUAAAGAGAAUGAAACAUCAUCUGUUGGAUCUGGACAGACGUACAGCAUCACUAACAUUAACUCCAGAGACAGUGGAUGGUUUUACUGUGAGGCUCAGAAUGAAGUCGGAUCUCAGAGAUCUGCUGCUGUGUCAGUCAAUGUUAAAGUUGUCAGUUGUGUCUCUUUCUCUGUAGCUUUCGGAGUUGGGCUUUGUGUUGGAGUCUGUGGAACUUUAGCUACUGUAAUUGUUGGGAUGUAUAUUUGCAAAAGAAAGAGUUUGCGAAGAAAAACUUCUAAACAUAAACCGGAGAAUGAUAAUGCCAGUAAUGACACAUACACAGCCCUUGAACUGAAGAGCAGAUCAUCUGAUCUGUAUGAUACACUUACACCCAACAGAUGCUGAAGUAAGAGGAGGAGCACAAAAAAAACAAAUCCUUACAUCCCUGAUUGACAGAAAUCAUAACAAAUAAGGCAUCAAAAUGUAUACUAUCUAAUCAUGAUGUAGCCAUAUUCAUUCAAUCAAGUCAAAAUCUUGAUAUCUUAAAUAUAAAACAAGAGCACAAUACUCAGAUACCAAGCAACCAUUGAAAAAAUGUUAAAAAAUAAUGAUUUUUCAAUGUAAAUCCCAUUGAAUCAAUAUUAUUAAUUAUUAAUACUGAAAAAAAAUAGCAUAUCAUGUAAUUUUCAGUAAAGGGACACAAACUCAUAAUUGCUUUGAAAGUUUUACAUUUUGUUAUUAUAUUACAAAAUGUAGCUUUACAGCUGGUAAUAAGUCAUUAAAAUGUAACCAAAUACAAAAUUCAGUUUAAAGAUAAUUUAACUACAAAAAUAUGGUUUGUUAAGCUUUAGUUAAAAUCGUUUUUAUCGUUUUUAUCUUUUUUUAAUUGCUAAGCUUCUUGGUAAUGGCUAGAUUGGAUACAGUUUUGGCAAAAAUCUUGCACAAUCUUAGAUUUAGGGUUAGGUAUGGGGUAAGGAUUAGGAUGAAAACAGCGCUCAUCCAGUGCAAACAACAUACUCUUCUUUUUUUAUAUAUUAGCUAGAGCAGUCAUUUUAAACCACCAGCAGAGGUCACAAGACUCUGACAAAGUCUCUGUUUGUGUGAAAAACAUCAUAAAUCAGAUUAAAGAAGCUUUAAACAAAAAGCAAAUGCAGCAA